AGAGCACGCGUUUCACACAAGACAGAACUGUAUGGACUUGCAGUCGUUCGUUCCCAAUCKCAUGAAGAGCACGAGAAASGUGGACAUUAUAAACAAGGAGCCAUAGCAACAAUACAAAUCUUAAUAAAAUCACUUCAGAAUCGGGAUACACUUCCAAGCAGCACAACAUCCAAAGACAACUCGGCUGACUAAGAGGUAGUGGCCGUCAUGCAGCACUAUGGAGUGAACGGCUACUCUCUCCACGCGAUGAACUCCCUGAGCGCCAUGUACAACCUGCACCAGCAGGCCGCGCAACAGGCGCAGCACGCGCCAGACUACCGACCUUCAGUGCACGCGCUCACCCUCGCGGAGAGACUGGCUGACAUCAUUCUGGAGGCUCGCUACGGGUCCCAGCACCGCAAACAGCGCCGGAGCCGCACCGCGUUCACCGCACAGCAGCUCGAGGCACUGGAGAAGACCUUCCAGAAGACCCACUACCCCGACGUUGUGAUGCGCGAGCGCCUGGCCAUGUGCACUAACCUCCCCGAGGCCCGCGUGCAGGUGUGGUUCAAGAACCGCCGGGCCAAAUUCCGCAAGAAGCAGCGUAGCCUGCAGAAGGAGCAGCUCCAGAAACAGAAGGAGGCCAACCGAGAGGGAGGUGACGAGGAGGAGGCUCCCACCACCAUCACUCCAGAGAACCAGCUCCCCCCAUCCUCUUCCUCCUUGGAGGUUGAGGGUCCGCCCCGUCUGUUGGUGUCGGAAAUUAGCGUGGAGUUGAACGUGACCUCAGCGGAGCMGUCAGGCAGCGAGUCGGCCACAGAGGACAAUGCCACCGAUAAGGAGGAGGAGUAUAACGCACAGAGGGAGGAGUUAAAGAGUGAAAGGGUGAUGACGCCCGGCAACGUCUCUCCACCCUGCAAACGACUUAGCCCCAAACCUGAAUCCCCUAUGGUCUCCCGGUCUGUGACGCCCUCGUCCAGUGGUGUCAGCGGUGGGAUCUCCCAGAGCCACUCCUACUCCUCCUCCCCGCUCAGCCUCUUCUGCCUGCAGGAGCAGUUCCGCCAGCACAUGGCUGCCACCAACAACAUGGCACUCUACCCUUCCUUCGACAUGGGUACCCCCCCGUCUCUGCCCUACCUGGGCAUGAAUGUCAACAUGUCUCCGGCGCCGCUGGGCUCCCUGCCCUGCCAAUCCUACUACCAGUCGCUGUCCCACCACGCAGCGCAGCAGGUGUGGAACAGUCCCCUGCUCCAGGCCUCCGGAGGGCUCCCCAGCCAAAACAGCAAGACCACCAGCAUCGAGAACCUCCGGAUGCGGGCCAAGCAGCAUGCGGCCUCCCUGGGACUGGACACGCUGCCUAACUAAGCCCCAGGAUCUUAGUGCGACCUAGCCGGGAGAUCGAUACUACAUCCCACCCAUCCCGUGUCUGUAACCUCCGUAGCCCUACAGGAACCAUAYUCUCCAGCAGAUGGUUUCGGGGCAUUAGUAGCCAGAGUUCUGAAAACCAAAAUGGCAAAUCACCCUGGACCGAGUUCUCUCCUGCUUCUUGCUUUAUCAGUUGCCUAACUUCUGGGAUUGCACAGGCUAUACACAGGAUCUCUAAAGCAGAGCAAAUACACUUCAUAAGUAUUUACCUGUCUAGUGUUGCACUUGGUGAUAAAGACUUUGCAAUGUAAUGUUUACAGAUAAAAUAUGAAUUUWGGCAGUUUUAAGGGAAUUUGGGUCUUCAAGGGGGAAAAUACAUUUGUGCCAGCAUUGGUGGCAUUGAGAGACUAUUUGUACCGUGGGGCCAUUACCAUUUCAAUUAGGCCAUGUAGGUACAUAGCACAUUCUAAAAAAGCAAGCACAUACAUAAAUAUAAACUCAAGCCAUGUUCUCCUCAAUAUCCGAAUUAGAAGUGACUAAUUUACCAGUUUAAUGCCCAGUAUUAAAUCAUGUUGUACAGAGACUGGCUUGGUAAUGAGAAAAUAUUUUCAGUGACUAAAUGUGCAAAGCUUUUAAUUACAUUUUGCYCUGGGYAGAGGGGAGGGGAGCAUAUGCAAUUAUGAACAUGCAUACUAUUUAUGAUUCCCUUAUAUCCAARGCUCUKAGCAGAAAAAAUGCCACCAAGGCAAACAAAUGAUUAGUGUCACAACUCAAUGUGUCCUGCUGCACAAACAAGAUAAUAUAAUACAACACAAGGAGAUACACACCUGGAGGAAUUUACCUGCAUAUUUCAUGUUUACACCUCUUUUCACAAUUUACCCCUUCUGAUGUAACUUGGUAACAGCAUCCCUCCACAAACUGAAUAGGGGGCCUUUAGGGCUGGGGGG